GGGGUUUGUUUCGAGUUUAGGAGAAAGACUUAAAAUCAAAAUCACCACUGUCCAGGGUAUGCAUACUAGAGUUUACCAUGGCUAAAAAGGGAAAGAAGAACAACCAGGAUUACUGGGAUGAGGAAUUCGAAGAGGAUUUACCUCAAGCACAAGAAUUGAGUGCCGAGCCAGAACCAUCUGAAACUGCCAAUUCAGAAGGGCCAGAAGGUCCUGCCAACACCAAUGCCGAAGAUGAAUCUUCCGGUGUAGACUUUUUGUCCAACUUAAAGAAGGCAAAGACCAAGAAGGACAAGAAGGCAAAGGAGGCUGAAGAAGAAAAGGCAAAACAGGCCGCCGCCCAGCAGCAAAAGGGGCCAAUCAUUAAAACAAAGAAGGAGAAGGAGAGAGAAAAGAAAGAGAGAGAAAAGCAAAGAAAGAAGCAGCUAGCUGAAAGAAAGGGUGCAUCUCAAGUUCAAAAGCCUACUGGCACCACUCCAGAAACCACUCCUGCUCCUGAAUCUGAAGCAUCUUCGAAAAAGGAUGAACCUGCCGCAAAAGAAGCUCCAAAGGCUAAGAAGGGCAAAAAGGUCCCUGGUAAUAUUGCUGCUUUGAAGAAACAGUUGGAAUUGAAGAAGCAGGCGGAGGAGGAAGCACAGCGUCUUGAAGAAGAAGAAAAACUCAGAGAAGAAGAGGAAGAGCAGAAGAAACUUGAAGAAGAAAAGGCCAAGGAAGAAGCAAAGAAAGCAAAGAAAGAGAAAGAGAAGGCCAGAAUAGAACAACUGAAAAAGGAAGGUAAAUACCUGACCAAGAAGCAAAAACAAGAAAAGCUUCUGCAGGAAAGAAGAAGAGCAGCUUUGCUACAAGCAGGCAAUAUCCAAGUUGCAGGCUUGUCAAAGGAUAAUGGCUCCACUCCAAAAUCCAAGGCAACUGCUUCAAGAUUCAAGAAGAAGAGUAGUAAAGACAGCAAAUCUAAUGAUUCUACUUCUGUUCAGGAUUCUGAGUCUCCAGCCGUCGAAUCUGAGAAAGGUGCAGAUGAAGUGGAAGAAGAAGAGGCUUUGGUAGAUGAUUGGGAACAAAUGGCUUUGGACGAUGAUGACGAAGAAGAUGAAGAAGAAAGAGAAGAAAAAGAGGAAGAAGAUUUUGUUGCCAAGGACUACGACAACAGUGAACCUACUGAUGAAACAGAAAAGAAACAAGUCUCUCCAGCCCCUGCUUUAAAACAGCCAGAAACUACCACUAACACUGUUAUUCCUGCCAAAUCAGCAUUACUACCUGCAACUACAAGUAUAAGUAAAGACGGCAAAGAGUUACGUUCUCCAAUUUGUUGUAUCUUGGGUCACGUUGAUACUGGUAAAACCAAAUUAUUGGACAAAAUCAGACAAACAAAUGUUCAAGGUGGUGAAGCUGGUGGUAUUACCCAACAAAUUGGUGCUACCUAUUUCCCAAUUGAUGCUAUUGAGCAAAAGACAAAGGUCAUGGAACAAUACGAGAAGGUUUCUUAUGAGGUCCCUGGUUUAUUAAUGAUCGAUACCCCGGGUCACGAAUCUUUCACAAAUUUGAGAACAAGAGGUUCAUCAUUAUGUAACAUUGCCAUUUUAGUCAUUGAUAUCAUGCAUGGUUUGGAACAACAAACUCUAGAAUCUAUUAGACUUUUGAGAGAUAGAAAAGCACCCUUCGUUGUUGCUCUGAACAAAAUUGAUAGAUUGUAUGGUUGGGAUGCUACUCCUAACAAUUCAUUCCGUGAAUCUUUAGCAAGCCAAAAGUCUUCUGUUCAAUCCGAGUUCGAAAACAGAUUCACUGCCAUCAAGGUUGCCUUAGCAGAACAGGGUUUAAACAGUGAAUUGUAUUUCAAAAAUCCAAACAUCUCUAAAUAUGUUUCCAUUGUGCCAACAUCUGCUGUCACAGGUGAGGGUGUUCCUGAUUUAUUAUGGUUACUUUUGGAAUUAACCCAAAAGAGAAUGAGUAAGCAGUUGAAGUACUUAACAGGUGUUGAAGCAACUAUUUUGGAAGUCAAGGUCAUUGAAGGUUUAGGUACCACCAUCGAUGUCAUUUUGUCUAAUGGUGUUUUACAUGAAGGUGAUAGGAUAGUUUUGUGCGGUAUGAAUGGACCAAUUGCUACCAACAUUAGAGCUUUAUUAACUCCUCCGCCAGCAAGAGAAUUGCGUAUCAAAUCCGAAUAUGUUCAUCAUAAAGAAGUUAAAGCAGCUUUGGGUGUUAAGAUUGCAGCAAAUGACUUGGAAAAAGCAGUUGCAGGAUCAAGGUUGUUGGUUGUCAAAGACGGUGACGAUGAAGAUGAAAUGAUGGAUGAUGUGAUGGAAGACUUAACCGGCUUGUUGGAUUCGGUUGAUCCAACGGGUAGAGGUGUGGUUGUUCAGGCCUCAACAUUAGGUUCAUUGGAAGCAUUGCUUGAUUUCUUGAAAGACAUGAAAAUUCCAGUUAUGUCCAUCGGUUUGGGUCCCGUUUAUAAGAGAGAUGUCAUGAAGGCCACUGCCAUGUUAGAUAAGGCCAAAGAAUACGCUGUUAUGUUGUGUUUCGAUGUCAAGGUUGAUAAGGAAGCUGAACAAUAUGCAACUGAACAGGGUGUCAAAAUUUUCAACGCUGAUGUUAUUUAUCAUUUGUUUGACGAGUUCACAGCAUACCAAGAAAAGUUAUUGGAAGAAAAGAGAAAAGCAAAUGAAGGAUCUGCUAUUUAUCCAUGUGUCCUGAAAACCAUCCAGAUCAUCAACAAGAGAAAUCCAAUGAUCAUUGGUGUGGAUGUUACUGAAGGUAUGGUUAAACAUGGUACUCCAAUUUGUGUUGUUAAGCCUGAUCCACUGACUGGUAGAAAAACACCAAUGUUGUUGGGAACUGUUGCUUCUUUGGAAGUCAAUCAUGAAUCUAAGAGUUCUGUCAGAAAAGGUCAAACCAAUGCUGGUGUAGCAAUGCGUUUAGAUCCUCCUUCAGGCCAACAGCCAACGUGGGGUAGACAUGUUGACGAAAAAGAUGGACUAUAUUCUCUCAUCACGAGAAAAUCUAUCGACACAUUAAAAGAUCCAGCGUUCAGAAAUACUGUGCCGAGGGAAGACUGGUUAUUAAUAAAGAAAUUAAAACCAUUAUUAGAUAUCGACUAAUCAAAUAGUGGGGUUUAUAUUGCCUGUAAGUAUAGUAUAUAUUAUUUCAUAGGAAUUUCUUGUUAUAUUAAGUAAAUAGUAUAACUUCUUUAUUUUUGCUGCUCGGAAGGAUGAAGG